AAGAGGAUGUUCCAGGAGAAGCGAUUAGGGAUUGGGAUGGCGGCGAAGGCGCGGCGCGCGUCGUCUAGGCGGCCGCAGCGGCCAUACAUCUCGAUGACGAGAUUGUGAAGGAUUUGAUCGAUCGGGCCCAGGCGGCGUCGGGAGAUUGCUCCAUCGCAGCCGCAUUGGGAAAUAUUUCGGUGGGAGAGGCUCGCGAUUCCGUGGCGGGGACGAAGGCGCCUGGCAAGAAAUGCGGCAUUUCGACGCCUCCACCGGCAUUUGCAGGGACAUCCUAGAUUCUCGCGCAGGACAAGUGAUUAUCUCCAAGGAGCAGCAACAAGUAGCACCGAUGAGCGCAUCAUUAAAACCAACUCAUGUAUGGUCAGCCGUGUCGAGAUGGCUCCGGUGGCAAGGCGGGGAUGACAAUGUAGCCGAGACGUCCGUGGUGCUGGAUGUGGAGCAAGAGUACCAGAGGGCGAUCAGGACGGAUUCGUAUGUGGAGUUUGCGGAGAGGGUGGCCGUGGCUCGACUAAACAGGGAGACUGGAACUAGUGUUCAGGGGUCCGUCUCGCCAAUGCCGAGAUCGUUCGAGCGGCUUGCUGCCGCCUUGCUGGAGCCCGAAGAGGAUAAGAUCCUUGCGCUUCUCACCACGAACAAGGAGUUGGGGAAGAGACCCGAGAUCCAUCAGCUGGUUUCCGAGUACCUGGAGGAGAGCCGGAAGUCGUCCGCGCUCUGGGCUUCGCUCCUCAAGAGCAUCCAAAGCUCCCGGGACAGGUGCCAGGAGAUUGGUGGCAUCCUCAAGAGCCAGACAAGCGACCAAGAGAUCUUACGCGAGCUUUGCUCCAUCGACGAGGGUGAGAAUCUCUUCUCGGUAGCGGUGGUGCAGCAGUUCCAGCCGCUCCACGACCAUUGCCUCGGCAUGCAGAAGAAGCUGGACAAGAUCCGGAAGAAAGUCGGGAAGAAGCUCCGGCUCACAAGGGCGUGCCUCAAGGUCUCGACGGUGAUCUUGUCCAUUGGUUGCUUCAUCGUGCUCCUGGUGACGACGCUUGCGCUGUUCCUGGCGGUGGCGGCGCUUGUCGUCGGCUGCAAAGUCUUCACGUUCCCGAUCGGCUACGUGGUCCGGCGCCUCAAUCUCCGCAAGAGGAAGAAGCUCAACGCUCUCGAGAGGCAGUGGAGGCAAGUGGAAGCCGUGAGCCAGGGGACUUUCGUGGUGGUCCAGGAUCUAGACACGACGAGGAGGCUGGUGAUGAGGCUGGGCAGCGAGAUCGACUUCACCAACAAGGCGGUGGCGUUCUCGAUCCGGCACCGCGAAGAUCGAUCGAUGCUCAGCCAGUCGCUGGAGCGAUUGAGGCGGAACCAAAUGAUUCUAAGCCAGCUCUUGGACGAUCUCGAGGUGAACAUCUACCUCUCCUUCAUGAGCAUCAACAACACUCGCCGAGAAGUUUGCAGGCAGUGAAAAAAACACUCGAGCCAAGAAUAUUCUACAGGACCCGAAUAUUCGGCUACUGGUCAGCGGUGCCGUACUUUUGACCGUACGGCCGCGUGCGUUUAGAAAUUGUUCCAGAAUAUGCAGUCCACGAA